GGCGAUUUCGAUUCCAAAAACCUGAUUUUGGCGACCCCUGCACCAGCGAGCCGAACUGUCUAUAUGCGCUCUUUAGAUUAUAGCAAAUCCACCCAUCUCGCAUUGCCCGCGCUGUAUCGACCUCAGUCUCAGUUUCAGUUUCAACGAUCCAGAAUUGAAGACUCUGUCUUUUCAGUGCUAGGGUUAACAGUAUCUCCAGGGAUUUCUUUCUUUCCUUUCUCUAGGAAUAUUUCCUAUUUGUGCUUGAAUCGGAAUGGGAAUUGGUUUCUUCUCAUAUUAUUUAUAUUCAGACCCUCUUUGAAGAUUUAUUUUAUUUUAUAUAUUCGGUUUGAGAAAAAUGGUGGAAAGGAAGCCCUUCAAGACUAAGUUAUGUGUAUUGUAUCAGAAGGGUCACUGUCCGCGUCAGAAUUGCUCCUUUGCGCAUGGAAAUGCUGAGCUUCGGCAAUUUUCUGGUUCUUAUAAUGGUAAGCGGGACCAACGAGGGGGUGACUUGAGGGAUAAGCUUGACAAGAGGUUUUCUCCACUGCAUAGGUAUUCUCCAGGAAGAGAUACAAGAGAUCGGCGCACAUUUCGUGGAUCUAGCCCUUCCAGGUCACUUGAGGAGAACGGUGAGAGAAAACGCAGGAAAAAACAGCAUGUCGAUGGCCACAAUGAUUUUUCUGGAAGUCCAAAAAGCUCAGAUGUGGCAGAAGAUUGGGCUAAAAGAAGAAAAAGCAAACCAACUGAUUCUAGAAUUGUUCUUAAGGAGCAGCUAAUAGAGUUGCAUUCAGAGAUCGACAUGCUUGAUCAACGAAAAUCCCAAUUAAGGACAAUAGUGGAUGAGAGAGUUGAAGAAGCAGAUAUUCUUACUUCCAGAAUUCAGGAGCUUGAUUCUCAAUUGGCCAAAGAGAAAGAGGAAUAUAAGAGAACCAUUUCAAAAAUUAAGAAGUUUGUCAAAGCACACAAGCGCUAUGUGCGGGUUCAGGAGGAACUAAAAAGGUCACAAGUUCGACUUCAGAAGUUGGGGGAUCAGCUUGGCUCUGGCUCUGCGACAGCUGGUGGUAAUGAAGAUGAUUCAAGCAUCAAUAUUGUUAGUGAUGGAGAGGCUCCUGGUUAUCAUGCUACCAGCCUGCAGAACGAGGUGCAGAAUAAUUCUUCUCCUGGCAAGAAAGGCCUGCGUGUUAAACAUGAUACUGCAGAGGAAGUGGCAAAAGCAAAUUUGAAUGGUGGAGGAUAUCACACUGCGACUAACGGAGUGGGAAAGCUUUCUCAAUUGAGCGCGCACCAUGGACAGUUGAAUGUUAACAAAGACUUUGGAAAGGUCGACAAUGGGAGUAAUUCUCAUCAGCCUAUCGGACAUGAAAGCAAACAAAAGAAAGGAAAGAGUUUUUCUGCAAGCAUCUCCUCUGCAGAGAAGCAAAAGGGUUCAGGGUUGGGGCCUCUGGCACCAUCAACGAGCAUGGCUGCUCAUGCAAUUGAUGAAUUAGUUGAGAUUGAAGUGGAGGAGAAUAUUGAGGUGGUCGAAACUAUUUCAACAGAAAUUGAUAAAGGAGCCACUACAUAUGGGGUCAGAAGGUUGCCAGUUCUGCUUCCUCCUCCUCCUCCUCCUCCAGUCCCUCGAAAUGCUUAUUUACAGUACAAGGGCAAAGACAAGGAUGUGGAUGUGGGAGGGCUGGAGGAGGAGAUGGUGGAUGUUGACAUUGUUUAAUAUCACAAAAUGGUAAAUGAUUAUAGUGUUUUUAUAUAUCUUUUGGUACACUGGAAUCAGGGAUUGUUAAGCUUCAUGUGCAUAGUUCUGGGUUAUGAUGAGGGACAAGAAUUCUGUGAUGGUCUGUGUGUGUGUUCUCUUUUUUCCCUACAAGGACUGGAUUCUUUAUAUGCACAUUACUAACUUAGGACGUCUCUAAUUAGUUUGUCUAAACUAUUUUUGUAUUUUAAUUAUAAGUAAACAAGUCAAUCUUAUUUUCUUAA